AUGGGAACAGAAAGAAAUGCUGCUAUUAAAAAAUGCAGCCUGCAUAUUGCUGGCAUGACUUGCAGUUCCUGCGUGGCUAACAUUGAAAACAUCUUAUCUUCAAAACAGGGAAUUUCUGAGGUGGCUGUUACAUUGUUGGGAGGGAAAGCAGAAGUGGCCUAUGACCCCAACUUGGUAUCUCCUUCCCAAAUUGUUGACCUCAUUGAUUCCAGUGGGUAUGAGGCCACGUUGGCUGGCGAAAGUGAAGGGGGUCUGACAAGUAUAGACGUCAUCAUAACUGGCAUGACAUGUGGAUCGUGCGUGAGUUUCAUCGAGGACAGUUUGUUGAAGAAAGAGGGCAUCAGGGAGGUGCAUGUGUCUCUCCCGAACAACAUGGCACACGUCUCCUUCGAUGCUGAGGUCACCGGGCCUCGAUAUAUAAUCAAUCAUAUCCAGGUUAUUGGCUGCAGUGGCUAUGUGCGACGUGUCGCGUGGAUAUCUCGGCAUUUGUGGCACCACAGAAGUUUAACUCAAGUAUGGAAGAAGUCCUUCCUGUUUUCCUUGCUGUUUGGCGUUCCGUCCAUGUUCAUCAUGAUGUACUUCAUCGAUGUUGGGGGUGUUGAUACUGGUGCUGGAGAGUGCUCCAAGUAUAUGGUCAUUUCCGGUUUAUCCUGGGAAAAUUUUCUUCUUUUUAUUCUCUGCACUUUCUGCAUGGUGCUGGGUGGCAGGCACUUCAUCGUGAGGGGCAUCAGGACCCUGAGGAACCAGCACACGAACAUGGACGUUCUGAUUUUCAUGGCCACCUCCAUCGCCUACAUCUACUCCAUCGCUGUCCUCCUCAUCGCCAUCACACUUCGGAAGGAUUACAGUCCGCCUACAUUUUUUGAAACGCCUCCAAUGCUGCUGCUGUUCAUCUGCCUGGGAAAGUGGCUGGAGUGCAUCACCAAAGGCAAGACCUCGGAAGCCCUGACCAGACUGAUGUCCCUGCAGGCUACUGACGCCAACCUUGUGCUUACAACUGGUGAUAAUGUCGAGGAGAAGUUGAUUCCCGUAGACCUGCUGCACAAGGGAGACGUCAUAAAGGUGUAUCCAGGUGAGAAGAUCCCCGUGGAUGGAGUGGUAGUGGCAGGGUCGUCCAGCUGUGACGAAUCGCUCAUCACCGGCGAGUCCAUGCCUAUCGUCAAGUCAGCAGGCGACCAUGUGAUAGGCGGAUCAGUGAACCAGCUGGGCACGUUGCUGGUCAGGUGCACUCAGGUGGGGGGGGAGGGGACCCUGGCCAACAUCGUCAAGCUGGUUGAAGAAGCACAGAUGAGUAAGGCUAAAAGUCAAAAAAUAGCCGACCGAGUGGCAGGCUUCUUUGUACCAGGUGUGUUGGUCGUGUCCUGUGUCACUCUCGUCAUCUGGAUUGUCAUUGGAUACGUGCAGUCUCAUCAGGUAGUGCUUGUUGUGGGUUCAACUGCGAAGUCCAUCCACGAGUCAACCUUCCAGCGAGCAUUCCGCAUGUGCAUAUCAGUCCUCUGCAUUGCCUGUCCCUGUGCUCUGGGACUUGCCACCCCCACUGCUGUCAUGGUGGGCACGGGGGUGGGGGCUUUCAACGGCAUCCUCAUCAAGGGAGGGGAGCCUCUUGAGAAGGCCCACAAAACCAACUGCGUGAUAUUCGACAAGACGGGGACGUUGACCCACGGUCGACCCGAGGUCACGAAGGUCAUCGUGUUCUCAACCCUCGACGUUCAUUCGUUCGUCUCGAUACUUCUGGCUGUUGCAUCUGCCGAGUCGUGCAGCGAACAUCCCAUUGCCGAUGCUGUUGUCAACUACGCUAGGAAGGUUGGAAUAGAUCAGUUCGCCAAAGUGGACAGCUUCCAGAUGACGCCCGGCCACGGAUUGAAGUGUGUCGUCACUGGUCUGCUGGGCGGUUUGAAGCAAUAUCUAUCGUAUCUAUCGCCAUCAUCACUAUCAUCAUCAUCAUUAUUCCCGCAUCUAGACGACCAAUCAACAUCAUUACCAUCAGCACCGGAGACUGAGGUGUUGAUAGGCAAUCGGGAGUGGUUGAGGAGGAAUGGAGUGUUGGUGGAUAGUGUGGUGGAUGACGUCAUGAUGAAGUACGAGAAGGUGGGACUCACCGUUGUCCUCUGUGCUAUCGACUCCGUCCUGAUGAUGAUGCUGGCGGUGGAGGACACGUUGAAGGAGGAUGCCAGGUUGUCCGUGAAGUUGCUGCAGAGGAUGAAGAUUGACGUCAUGCUUCUAACUGGGGACCACACACUCACCGCUCGGUCCAUCGCUAGGAAGGUUGGCAUCAAAAAAGUGUUUGCUCAGGUGCUUCCGUCGGACAAGGUUCAAAAGGUCAAACAAGUUCAAAGUUCGGGCAAGGUCGUUGCCAUGGUGGGUGAUGGAGUGAACGAUUCACCUGCGCUGGCACAAUCGGAUGUGGGCGUCGCAAUUGGUACUGGCACUGAUGUUGCGAUCGAGGCUGCCGACAUCGUCCUCAUGAAGGACCAGCUGACGGAUGUUGUAGCUGCCAUCUCUCUCUCUCGCGUUACAGUCCGGCGCAUCUACAUCAACUUCGUAGCUGCCAGCAUCUACAAUCUUCUUGGCAUCCCAAUUGCAGCUGGGAUGUUCCACCCACUUGGUCUCUCCUUACAACCGUGGAUGGCUUCAGCUGCCAUGGCGAUGUCCUCCGUGUCUGUGGUCCUCUCGUCACUGCUGCUCAAGUUAUGGAAGAAACCGACCUUCAAACGAUACAAGGUAGGACAUUCUGAUGAUGAUUACGUCGAUGAGAAUGAUGCUGAUGAAGAUGAAGAUAAGACACAUUUGGAAGGCAUUCAUCUGAUCAACAUGGCUGCUUCUAACGGUACAACUGCUUUAAAUGAAGACGUUUCAAGGUCAGUUGUCAUGACUGUCCACGUUUCGUGCUUGCUUUGUUUUAUUUAA